UUCCUCGAGCGUUUGGAAGCUGCAACAGGGUCCUGCCCCCACCCACCCCCAGGGCAAGGGAUGUUGCCCUGCUAAAACUGCAGCCCUACGGAUUUCGCAUGAACUUUCACAGCAGCCUCCCAAGAAGCUGGGAAUUCUUCCGUGUUUGAGGCAAGGUUGGAAAGUGGGAGGCAGCGAGAGGAGGAGGAGGAAGGAGCAGCAACUUCUAGAAAUGGUGGGCUCUAAAGUGUGGGAUGCGACAAAAGGUGCAGAAAAAGCCCCGCAUCUGGUACAUGUAGACACUAUUGGGGAUUUGCAGACCGCAGCACCUCCACGGCAGGUGAAAUGUGAACCGCAAGAGGGGCUGCAGGAACGGUGGGAGGCCCAGUGGCAGGAGUUCCUGCGGACGCUGCAGGCCCCUUGCUCAGGAUGGGGGAACACGGAGGCGCCUGAGGAGCCCAGGCCCUGGGACGACGCCAAGGCUUUCCUGGCCUCCUUCGAGCAAGUGGCGUCGGCGUGCCGGUGGCCUCGGGACAAGUGGGUGACCCUCCUCCUGCCAGCCCUCAGUGGAGAAGCCGAGCAGGCCUUCAGCGGCCUCAGUGCCCCAGACAAGGGAGACUACGGGAAGGUGAAGGCGGCCAUCUUGGAAGGGGAGGCCAUCUUGCGGGAGAGGCAGCGCCAGCACUUCCGGCAGCUCCGCUAUCGGGACACGGACGGGCCGAGGGGCGUUUACGGUCGGCUCCGGGAGCUUUGCCGCCAGUGGCUGAAAAUUGAGAGACACACGAAAGACGAGAUUUUGGAGCUGCUGAUCCUGGAGCAGUUCCUCAGCAUCUUGCCGGCGGCCAUGCAGAGCUGGGUCCGGGAUCGCCAGCCGGACACCUGUGCCCAAGCGGUGGCCCUGGCGGAGGAUUUCCUGCUGAGGCGGCCCGAGGCGGAGAAACCGGAACAAACGGUUCCUGUACCACCUGUGGAGAUGACUGUGCAUCCGUCCGAGGCAGGCCAGGUUCCGCCACUUGGCGCUUGGAUCGGACUACUUUGUCAGGAUGCCAAGCAAGUGCAGAAGAAUGAGAUGAGAUCACUGAGUAACGGGCAGGCAUGGGAGAAUGAAAUGAAUCCUGUUCAUCAGCAAGGUCCUGAACAAGCGGAACUGAAUGAUGUAUCUCUGGGAAGAGACAAGGAUUUCCAGUACUAUACGAAGGAAGUAACAUUUGGGAACCAACAGGAACCAAGGAUCGAACAGGGGAACAAUCAUGGGAAGGGUGUGGAGGUAUCCUUUUCCCAUGCAAAAUGUAACAAAGAAGAGAGAGAAUCCAUGGAGCAGCGAAGAGUCCAGCAUGGUGGGGCACAAAAUGUGUCCCCUGACGAUGGAAGGAACUUUGAAGAGAGCUCAGACCUUAUAAAACAUCAGAGCACCCACACUGGAGAAAAACCGCACAUGUCGUCUUCUUGUGGGAACAGCUUCAGUCAGACACAGGACCCCGUUGCACAGGAGAGAAUGCACACAGGAGAAAAGAAAAGACACAAAUGCUCCCAUUGUGGAAAAACCUUCAGUCGCGGUUCUCUUCUUAAAGAACACACGAGAAUCCACACCGGAGAGUCUCCGUACAGAUGCUCGUACUGCGGCCGUUACUUUGGCCGGUGUUCGGUCUUGCAGGAUCACAUCAGGACGCACACGGGCGAGAGGCCGUACAAGUGCUCGGAGUGCGGAAAGACUUUCAGCCAGAAGCACUACUUGACGGUACAUGAGAGGAUGCACACGGGAGAGAACCCAUACAAAUGCGUUCACUGCGGGAAAAACUUCCCCAGGAGGUUCAUACUUGUGAGACACGAGAGGAUCCAUACAGGAGAGAAUCCGUUCAUUUGCUCGGAAUGUGGAAAGAGCUUCAAUCAGAAAGGGAACCUCGUAACCCACAUGCGGCUGCACACGGGAGAAAAGCCGUACAAAUGCGCCCAUUGUGGGAGGAGAUUUCGUCAGAAAGCAAGCCUCAGUUCACAUGAGAAAACCCACACAGGAGUGAAAAACCCAUCUAGUGUGGGCCUGUGCUAGUGUGUACCUGAGACUGAUAUAACACGGCCUAAGCAAAGUUAUAAAGCAUGGCCAGGGGUUGCAUUUGACUUAAGCAGUUGUCAGUUUUGCUGACCUAAUCCCAUAAUUUAUUAUUUAUUAUUGCAUUUAUAUCCUGCCUUUUUUCCUCCAAGGAAACCAAGGCGGUGUACAUAA